ACGACAGUUUAGAGCGGAAACCGGCCAAAGAUGCUCGCGUGUUCGCGGACUGCGGCAUGGGCUCCAGUUAUCUUGGAGUUUCUUUGCAGGAGGAAAUAUCCCGUACUGCGGCACACCAGGGCAGCGUCUCAUUCAAACUGCAGUCGUGUUUUGCAGAACAAUUCCCCGGUUAGCCGUAUAAUAAGGCCAUUUACUUCCAGAUUCGGUUCAUGUUUUGAUGUUCAGUUGUCCAGAAAAGUCAGUAUGUCGUCCAACAAGAUGUCUCAGAGAAUGGUUUGGGUAGAUCUGGAGAUGACCGGUCUGGACAUUGAGAAGGACCAGAUUAUUGAGAUGGCAUGCCUAAUUACAGACUCUGACCUGAACAUUUUGGCUGAGGGGCCCAACUUGAUAAUUAACCAGCCGAACGAACUGCUGGAAGGGAUGUCAGAGUGGUGCAAAGAGCAUCAUGGAAAGUCAGGACUGACCCAGGCUGUACAGGACAGUAAAAUCACCUUGGAACAAGCAGAGUAUGAGUUCCUGUCAUUCGUCAGACAGCACACCCCGCCUGGACAGUGUCCGCUUGCUGGUAACUCUGUGCAUGCGGACAAGAAGUUCCUGGACAAGUUCAUGCCACAGUUUAUGUACCACCUGCACUACAGAAUCAUUGACGUCAGCACCAUCAAGGAGCUUUGCAGACGGUGGUUUCCAGAGGAAUACAAAGUCGUGCCUCACAAGAAAGCAGCCCACAGAGCCUUGGGUGACAUCCAGGAGAGCAUUAAAGAGCUGCAGCACUACAGAGUCAAUGUCUUCAAAGCCUCAACAGAGAAGAAGUGCAAAGCUUUAGAAAACGGAGGCAGCAACAGUAGUUCACACAUAUGAGUGAGACUGUGGAACCUUCAGUUUCAUUAGUCAGUGAGAUUUAUGUGAUGGUCUUCAUUGAUUUUUAGUUUAUGUUGAUAUUUAGCUGCUCAGUUAUCCUUUUGUUUCAGUGUUUCUCAAAAGUAAAAUGUAGAGGUUUCAUCAAAGGGAGCAAUUCUUGUAAAAGUUUAUUCAAAACAAACCUAUUUUUCCAAGUUUAAAAGAGGAACUUUUGAAAGUGACCUCACAAUAUUGUAUUUAUUUAACUUUAGUCUGGGAUUGAUAUUGAUUUUCCCUUGUUUUUAAAAUGAAACCAAAUAAACUAUGAUCCCUGAAGAAA